AUGAAGAAAAAUUCAGUUGCUAUACAGAGUUUAGGUAAUUUUCCAAGUCCUGGAGCUCUAAAGGGAUGGAGUUCAAAGCGUGUAGCACACCCAACAAGCACCAGCAGCAGCAAUAGGCACAUAAGUGCUGCUGCUUUGACACCAUUUUAUAGUGGAAAGACAUUGCCUUUUAAAUGGGAAGAUGCAGAGAGGUGGAUUUGUAGUCCAGUUGGUUACAGUCCUAUGAAGACUUCUUCACAUUCUCAGUUUCAGAGGCGGCCUAAGUCCAAAAGUGGGCCUAUUAUGCCUCCUAGCAUGGGCCGGUAUUCACUUGCUAUGCAACUUCUUGAUGGUGUUGGUGUAAAGAAUUUUAUGGCGGCGUCUCCAUUUUCGAUUGGAGUUUUAGUACCUAAUGGGGUUUGUGUUAACUAUGGUGUUGAUCAGGGUUAUUUGGUGCAGAGUGAGGGCCAUGUAGCCCGUUGCAGUAGUGUACCUAGUUGGUCAGAUUUAGUGAGUGAGAAUUCGUUGCCAAGCUCUCAAGGUAUAAAGCUUGAUGAAAUCUUGGAUGCCGAAAACACAGUUUCUCAUGUGCCUUCACGAAGAGAUAUGGCUACACAAAUGAGUCCUGAGGGAAGUUCCCAGUGAUCCCCUACCUCUCCUCAUGAACCACAAAGUGAUCAUCCUGUUAAAUUGGAGAUUAGGGAAGUGCAGGUAGACAAACGAGCUACCACGAUAAGCUGGUCCAAGAAACAUGGAUCCAGAAUGAUUAGGAAAUGUGUGCCAGAUAUUGAGGAAUUGUACCAAAAUCCUUCUGGCCCUUGUGCUUCAUCUUGGGAUCUUUCUGAGGCAACCACUAACAUUUCAAAGUUGCGAAGAGAAGAAGCCAAGAUCUCUGCAUGGGAGAACUUGCAGAAGGCAAAAGUUGAGGCAGCCAUAAGAAAACUUGAGAUGAAACUAGAAAAGAAGAGGUCUCACUCUAUGGAUAAGAUCUUGAACAAGCUAAAAAUAUCUCAGAGGAAAGCCCAAGAAAUGAGAAGCUCAGUGUCGAUCACACAGGAACAACAGGUUGCCAAGACUUCUCACAAGGUUAGGUUCUUCCAUAAGCAUGUCCAGAAGAGUUCGUUCAGGACUUGCUUCACCUGCCAUGGUGCCUAG